UACAACCAGUUAGCGAGGCAGAAAAGUCCCAUUUCCGACUAGUACUUGAACGCGGCAGUAAUCGGUUGUAACAGACCGGACUUUGUGAAGGUUGGGGGUAUUCCGUUGCUGUACCUCGAACAUAUACUGUACCUCUCAAGGAAACUGUAAAAACGUAGUUUACAAGAUGUAUUCGUUUAUGUUAAUUGUUUUUUAUUUUUCGACGGAAUGUAUUGUUCAGAGCCAAAGCGAGAUCUACUCGUUGAAUUACAUCUACACUGCCCUCUCAAAGCCAGUUGAAUUGCCUGGUAUCCAUGAGUUCACUGCCAUGGGCCUGAUGAAUGACAAACAGAUUGAUUACUAUGACAGUGUGGAUAAAAAGAAGAUUCCCAAACAGGACUGGAUGAGGGAGAAGCUGCCAGCAGACUACUGGGAAAAAGGCACUCAGUCACGCAAGAGCAAGGAGCAGUGGUUCAAAGUCAACGUCAACAUCCUGAUGGACCGCAUGAGGCACAACAACACUGAUGUCCAUAUCCUUCAGUGGAGGCAUGGAUGUGAGAUUGACAAAAAGCCAAACGACACAUUGAAAUUCAUAAAGGGCACUGACCAAUACAGCUACGAUGGUGAUGACUUCUUGGCCUUUGAUUAUGCCAAUGAGAAGUGGGUGGCUCCAGUUAAUCAAGCUGUGCUGACUAAGAGGAAGUGGGACGAGGUGCAGAUCCUCAACCAGUACACCAAGGGCUACCUGAAUAAAGAGUGUGUGGACUGGCUGUCCAAAUUCAUGGAACAUGGGGACAAAGAAUUCAGUAGCGCUGACUCCCCUCCAAAGAUCUCUGUUUUUGCUAAAAAAGCCAACACUGCAGGAAAUGUCCGCCUGACCUGCAUGGCGACAGGUUUCUAUCCCAAAGAUGUGAUAAUUCAUAUUAAGAAGAAUGGGGUCCAACUGACUGAUAAAGAUGGAGUGCUGUCGACAGGAGCCCGACCCAAUAAUGAUGACACCUACCAGAUCAGGAUUAGUGUGCAGAUCCCAGAGGCAGACAAGCAAACUUAUGAAUGCUUUGUCAACCAUAUAACGUUGAAGGAGACAAUUUGGGUCAAAUGGGAUGGAACAUGCCGUGAUUGUAGCCAAUCCACAGUUGCUAUCAUUGCAAUCAUCAUCAUUGUUGGUGCUGCUGCCAUUGGCAUAAUUAUCGUGCUGUUUCUUUGGAGGAAAGGCAAAAUAUGUGCUGGUAAAUCAGGAGCUCUACCACCUACUGGGAUCCAGGCCCCUCUAAAUGGCUAUGGGAAUGGAGCGACCAAUUCGAACUUGACCACCACACCAAGCAAUGGGAAUGGAGCGACCAAUUCGAACUUGACCACCACACCAAGCAAUGGGAAUGGAGCGACCAAUUCGAACUUGACCACCACACCAAGCUAUGGGAAUGGAGUGACCAAUUCGAACUUGACCACCACACCAAGCUAUGGGAAUGGAGUGACCAAUUCGAACUUGACCACCACACCAAGCAAUGGGAAUGGAGCGACCAAUUCGAACUUGACCACCACAUCAAGCAAAUAUGAGGAUGGAAGUAGCAACUCAUCAGACUCUGGUCAAGGCAGCCAGAAGGCAAGGUCUUCAGACGGAGCCAGUGAGGAGGAAGUUAAGAUGCUGCUUAAUGGAAUGACAAUGGAUGGCGCUAGCGGCACUUCCUCUGACUCAGGUCAAGGCAGCCAGAAGGCAAGGUCUUCAGACGGAGCCAGUGAGGAGGAAGUUAAGAUGCUGCUUAAUGGAAGUGGCUAGAUGACUAUUGGUGGGCAAACUUCCUGACCGGACCAGUCAAUUCAUUUCAUAUUAUGGCUAUUGAUAACGCUUGUUAUUCAGUUACACUGCUCAAUUCUUAUAAGCUUGUGAUGGAAAUGAUAGUUACUUAUAGUUAUAGUUAGUAUGUGCUGAAAAGUGCUGCAUUUAAUAGUGUUUGCUGUUCUUCAGUAAGGUUCUGUACUUCCAAAUACACUCAAUAGUGGGUGGUUAGGUACCGGUCGGGUCGAUGUGUACAUUCCUCUUCAAUGAAUUUAUUCCGUCGUACAUUUAAUGUUUUACUGUUACACUGGAUGUUACUGUAUGGAGAUGAAAAGGCAUCUUUACAGCUUCUGUAUCAAUCUUAAGGGAUUGUAACUAGACCUGUACUAGAUCAGGGUUAUAUAGGCCUAGAAGUAUACUGCAUGUUGAUAUGUUUUCAUACCUCUGGUCCCUGCCCAAUCGGUGACAAACUCUUCUUUUAGAUGACAUUUCAAAAGAAUUAUAGACAAAUAUUUUAUAUUUUGAGUAACAAAACAUUUACUGUGUGUUUCAUGACAUUUUUUACCGUAUUGUAUAUCUUGUUUUAAGUUCCUGCAAAUAUAUUUUUUAAAAUAUGAUGUUUAAUAUUGUAGAGUAUUGUUAAUACUUUGGGUAUUUGCAAUAUAAUAUUUUAAGAUUGUUUAUUUCAACCUAGGGCCAUUUCAAAACCUUUCACUGGGUUGCUAAGCUAAGACAAAGCUACACUCUUGAAUUAAUAUGUAGUUUAAUUUCUGUUAAUGUCACAUUGUAAACAUUUUUUUAUUGAGGACACAAAUAAUCCCAACAUGCAGUCUUGAAGCGCAGAAUUUAAAUAGUUUCUCUUAUCCCAGAAACCUGGUCAGCGUUUUUUUUUAAUAGGGCCUCUUGUUUUAUUUCAAUAAUUUUGCAUGGCAUUGCUCUGUUACUAUGUACUGGCUAGUAUGUUACAUCACUUAUUACAUGCCCACGGAUGCACGCAGAAACACACACGCACAAUGGUUAUAACCUGUACUGCUUUUGAAAUCUCCUGUAUGAUUUAUUUUUGUUUUUAUGACAAAAAAAAAUAAAAAAAUAAUGAUAAAAUA